GUUUAUGUGUUUUGUUAUAAGAAAUUGAAUGCAAAUCACAAUUGAAUUCUUAUUACAAUUGUUUUGAAUCGAGUGUUGAAUCCAACGAAUGAGUGAUUGUUUGGCAAUAAUUGGUUCCCAUUUGCGAUCAUUUGACCACUAGUUGUGCCAAUACUCACACACUGUGUGAUUGUGUGUCCAUUCAAGGCAUAGAUUAUGGCAACGGAUUGAGUGAUAAUUAGACGGCUGUUGUGGUUGAAUGAGAUGUGGAAGUGAUGUCUACAGAGUUAAUGAGUUACGGCUAAAGAGAGACAUAAAGCGAUCACAACAUCACUCAUCACUACAUCACUCAUGAAUUGACGUUUGGUUUCGAUCGCAAACUUAUUGACCGAUCGUUUGGUUUCCGCCAUUGAAUUGACAUUUGAUUUACUUAAGCACUUGAGUUUGGUUGACACGAUUCAGUGAUAAUAUCGACCAUCAGUGGCAAUGCCGGCCUUCUUUCUGGACACGCCAGACAUUCUUCCGCUGCCGAGUCUUCAGGCGUACACAACGAUCAGCGCUCUGUUGUUGUCUUGCAGUAUAUAUUAUGCAUUUCAAGUCACUUCAGAGCCCGACUGGAAACUGAACGCCACUCUAAGUGUUGGCCUCACACUCGCCAACGACAACAACAUCACCGCCAAUGACACGGAUUUCGCGCACAUUAUCACCAGUAAUGGGACUCAGAGUCCGCACACGAAUGAGACGUCUUUCCAUUUGGGAGUACUUCUGGAGAGUGGGCUUAUAGUGAGACUAAUAGAUGUGGUGUAUCUCAUGUUUCACGAGCCGCUCUGCAUUUGGACACUCAUUAACUCUGCCUAUUGUUGUCUAAUACUAGUGGGGAAAGUGAUCCAAAAGCUAGUGUUUGGCGAACUCCGAGUCUCGGAACAGCAGCACAUGAAAGACCGCUUUUGGAACUUUGUUUUCUAUAAAUUCAUAUUCAUUUUUGGUGUAAUGAAUGUCCAAUACAUGGAUGAAGUGGUUCUGUGGUGCAGUUGGUUCUCCAUUCUUGGAUUUCUCUCGCUUUUGGCACAACUAUGUAGAGAUCGCUUUGAAUACCUGUCAUUCUCGCCAAUGACUCCCAAAUGGACACACUUUCGUCUGAUUGUCCUAUUGAUGGCUAUACUGACCACUUCUCUCUCGCUGUUUGUGGUCUGUGUUUUGGUGGGAAUACACGCCGGCAUUAAUACGUUCGCAUUCAUGACUGCCGAGUGCUCUUUAGUGGCCGUCCGGACCCUCUUUGUGAUCGUCCGCUAUUCCAUACACUUAUGGGAUCUUAAUUAUGAGGGCGUUUGGGAGAACAGGGCUUCGAUGGCCUACUAUACGGAACUGGUGUUCGAGUUGUCCACUCUGACCAUCGACUUCUGCCAUCACUUGCAUAUGUUGUUUUGGGGCAAUAUUAUCCUAUCGAUGGCAUCGCUGGUCAUUCUGAUGCAACUCCGAUACCUAUUCUACGAAAUCAAUCGACGGAUUCGUAAACACAAGAAUUACUUACAAGUGGUUCGACUCAUGGAAUCCAAUUUCCCGAUGGCUACUAAUGAAGAGUUAGAGAAAAACAGCGACGACUGCGCUAUUUGUUGGGAUCGCAUGGAAACGGCCCGAAAGUUGCCGUGCGGUCACCUCUUCCACAACUCGUGUCUGAGGUCGUGGUUAGAACAGGACACGAGUUGUCCCACUUGUCGCACAUCCCUUAAGAAUCGCAACGAAGACGAAGACGAGAGUCCCGAACGGAUCCCCAGUGAGAGGAAUGGUCGCGACACGGCUCGAGUGGUGGGCGCCGGCGGCCGAACCAAUCACUUCUUUCAUUUCGACGGUUCGCGUUACGCGAGUUGGUUGCCAACGGUGUCCGUUGAGGUGACGCGUCCGCACCUCAUAACCAUAGGCGUCGCCCAAACGCCUCAGGACUCCAACGAGCCUUCAAUAAGCGCUCGAAAUGCCGUACAAAGCGCUCAAAUCGAUGAUAUGAGUCGACAAGUGUUGGAGUUCUUCCCUCACAUACCCGUCAAUAUAAUCGCCGAUGACUUACGAAUUACACGAUCCGUCGAACUCACCAUUGAAAACAUAUUAGACGGAAGAGUCGCUAUUCCCGUCCAAAGCACUUCCAGAACUCAAUCAGAGUCUAUACCUUCUUCAUCAUCGUCUUCGACGACCACUUAUUCAACGUCUUCCUCGACUUCUAUGAACUCAAACCAAAACCAAUUAGUCUUUCCAAACAAUACGACAAGAGAUGAGACCGGAGAAGAACAGCAACGAAGUCAAAGCUCUGAACACGAGUCAAGUGAUGAUGAGCUGAGCUCUAGUGACUCGUCAAGAGGUGCCAAAGCAUUCAUUGGCCACCGAUUCUCGAAUGCUGACAAUCACUUCCCGAUACAGAAUCUGCCGUACGGUGUCUUCUCGACCAAAACUAAUACCAGUCCGAGACCUGGAGUGGCGAUCGGCGACUAUAUCCUCGAUUUGAGCCAAAUCUGUCAUUUAUUUGAUGGACCGAUAAUGAGUGCCAACGCCUCACGAGUUUUCAAUCGUUCAGAAUUGAAUGACUUCAUGGAAUUGGGAUACAAAGCAUGGGCUGAAACGAGAGCUAAACUGAAAUACUUGUUGGACAGCUCCACACCUGUAUUACGUGACGACCAACGGCUUCGGGAAAAGGCGUUUGUCUUGCAGUCGGAGGCGAACAUGCAUUUGCCGGUCCGUAUCGGCGAUUACACGGACUUCUACUCAUCUAUAGAGCACGCGUCUAAUGUCGGCACAAUGUUUCGCAGCGCCGACAACCCUCUCCUCCCCAACUGGAGGUAUCUUCCGGUCGCAUAUCACGGCCGCUCCUCAUCGGUAGUGGUGUCGGGCACUCCCAUCCGUCGGCCUAAUGGCCAGACCCGUCCCGACGACACUAAACCGCCUACAUUUGGGCCCUCAAAAGCCAUGGAUUUUGAAUUGGAAAUGGGAUUCCUUAUGGGCGGGCCGUCUAAUGCAUUGGGGGAACCGAUUCCUAUCGAUCGGACAGAGGAACGAGUGUUUGGUAUGGUUUUGCUGAAUGACUGGAGCGCCAGAGAUAUCCAAAGGUGGGAAUACGUGCCUUUGGGGCCAUUUUUGGCUAAAAAUUUGGGCACAACUAUUAGCCCAUGGAUUGUAACGAUGGAAGCGUUGGAACCGUUUAAAGUUGCGAAUACACCUCAGAAUCCAAAGCCUUUAAAUUACUUAUAUCAUUCAAAUCCUUACAAUUUCGACAUUUCUUUGAAUGUCUCGAUUAAACCCGAGGGACAGAAAGAGUCGACAACUGUUUGUCAAUCAAAUUACUCUCACAUGUAUUGGACAAUCAAACAACAGUUGGCUCAUCACUCCAUAACGGGUUGCAAUAUCAAUUCGGGUGACUUAUUGGGAACGGGAACCAUCAGCGGUCCCACUCCGGACUCAUUUGGAUCUUUACUAGAGUUGUCGUGGAAUAGGACUAAACCCAUAUCUCUUAGGGACGGAUCAAAGCGUACUUAUCUCGAAGACGGCGACGAAGUAAUAAUGUCUGGUUAUUGUCAGUCAAAGACACACAAAGUGGGGUUUGGCUCAUGUAUUGGAAAAUUACUUCCGGCCGUUAAUCUCUGAAUUUGAACCAAUUAUUUGACUGAUUUUUAAUAAAAACAAUUUUUUACUGAAUCAUAA